CGCCGUAGCGCCAAGUGCACGGUAAGACUGUUUUGUGUUUGAUCACCUGGAUUCUAACAGUUUUAAACAAUUUUAUCCAUUUUCAGGCUCAGAUUUCGUGCCUCCAUCGUCCAGUAACCACCAUGAUGCGCCCCACCGGGGAGGACGCAGGGGGGGAGCUGGACAGUCUGGACCCCCCUCUAGAAAUACUGGACCCCCAGCUGGUCAGGGAACUGCAGGAGUGCCGCUGCUGGAUAGAGGCUGUCACAGGAAAACAGUUUGGGAACAAAGACUUCCGUACAGCUCUGGAGGAUGGCACAUUGCUGUGCAAACUGAUGCAGAAGAUUCAGCCUGGUUCCAUCAAGAAGAUUAACAACUUACCGACACCUUACGCUAGACUGGACAACUUGAACCUGUUCCUGCGGGCAUGUCUGGACGUGGGCAUGACCAGGAACCAGCUCUUCGAACCCUGCGACCUCACUGACCUGACCACCAAGGAACGGCGAGACCCAGAAGAGGAAAGGAACAGGCUCAAAAAUGUUGCCAUCACUCUCUACUGGCUCGGCAAGACCAGUGAGGAGUUCCCAUCGUUUCCCGGGCCGUACCUGAACCGUGACAUGUUCCGCAACGUCAGCAUCCAGUCACCCUCCUCCACCAUGGACAUCUACGGCGGCCCCCCUUCUGGCAACACUCAUGAGAAUGUCUACAGCUACAAACACAGACCACAGGACUCCAUAGACAGUACCAUCAGCCAGGAUUCCAGUUCGUCGUUCGAUCGCGGGCAGCUCAGCGGCAGUUUGGACUCGGACGACCAGCAAGACCCGCGUGCGAGGAUGGCGGACGACAUGAUGAGCCGGCGAGCUGCCGGGUACCUUCCACGCCCGCUCAAGAAGCGGAUCAGCGAGAGCCACAUGUUCCUCCCGCCCAAGGGGGGCUUCCUGAGCAAGAGCAACCCUGAGUUGAAUAAGACGUACCCAAUGCAGCAGAACAGAGUGGAUGAGGGUCGUGUGGGCAACGGUCGUCGGAAGUCAUCAAGCGGGGGUGUAGAGGAAGAAGAAGAUGAGAAGUCUCUUACGUACGAGGACUACAAGAAGGAGAAAACAAAGCUCAGUGAAGACUCUGAUCUCUGGCGAUCGACCCUGGACACAUGGAAGUUACGGAGGAAGAGCAAGUCCUCAGCUGACCUCUGGGCCAAGAAGGAGGAAUGGGAAAAGGACAAGGAGGCGGAUGAGGAACCCAUAAAACGCAAGAGCAAAACUUUCCAGGAAAUUGUGGACGAAAAAGGAGGCCCUGACAUUGGAGACGUUGCAAUUGAGCUGCUCAGAAAAAAGCGUGAGCAGGAGUUGUCGGAUCAGUAUGCAGAUGCUCUGGACGAGCGCGAGAGGGCGGAAGAAAACGAUGAUAACGUCUUUAACGGUAACGACAGCGAGCCGCCAGCGAGGUCAUGGCGUCCACAACCUCAGCCCCGGAACGUCCGCAGAGAGGAUCCGUGGAGCGACGACGAAAAGCCCAGUAGGAACGUACCAAAUAACAAACAGAGACCACCCCCACCCCCAAGAAAUGAUAGCAUCAAAAGGAGACCAUCCCCACCCCCAAGAGAUGAUAGCAUUAAUAGGAGACCUUCCCCACCACCAAGAGAUGAUAGCAUCAAUAGGGGCCCUUUUGCUCCACCAAGAGAAGACAGCGUCCCAAAGGCGUCGCCCGCCAAGCCGUCAUGGCAACGAUCGGAACCACCUCGACAACAACCCACGCAGUCAUGGCAACGGCCGGAACCCACCCGGCAACGGUCAGACCAGUCAUGGCAGCGACCCGAACCAUCAUUGCCACGACCUCCGCCACCUAAACCAUCUAGUUACUCGCCUGAGGGAAAUAAAGAGAAUUCCGAGUCCGUCAGCAACAUCCGGUCCAUGUGGCAGAGGAUGGAACAGGAGGAGCCUAAGGAAAAGGAACCGCCUCAAGUUCCCCGGAAAUUCGAACGUUCGCAGCCAAUCUGGGCAAGGGACAGUCCUCCUGCUCAGCCAAUCAGGGCUAGAGACAGUCCUGCUGCUCAGCCAAUCAGGGCCAGAGACAGUCCUCCUGCUCAGCCAAUCAGGGCCAGAGACAGUUCCCCUGUUCAGCCAAUCAGGCGGUCCCAGUCACCACUUUCCAGGAUGACAGCCAAACAGAAAAUGGAAGAGGUAGCCAAUCGGCCGGUGCGGUGGGAGUAUAAGGAUGGGUACAUGGUGACUAACAUUAACCUGUCCAAGUCGUCAGACGAGAAAGGCUUCGGGUUUGCUGUGUCAGGAGGAAAGGACGACAAGGCACCUGUACUCAUCAGCUCAGUUGUACCAGGUGGAUCAGCAUCCAGAAGUCAGCUGCAGGUCGGGGAUGAGAUUCUCGCGAUUAACGAGGAGGACGUUUCCCAAUUUAACCACAACACGGUCGUGGCGGCGAUCCGCGACUCCGCCAAGACUGGCAUCAUCUCGCUGUACAUCCGUAGAGAAGGGGCUGAAAAGAACGCUUUUGCCAGCCUGGCCAAGGAUUUGGAGACUAAUGACGGCUUCCCCGAAGAGGAGCCGGACAGCCCCGCCCCUCCGCCACGCCCACCGCCUCCCGUGGACGAAUCCCCCGUGGUCCGUCAGGAGAAAGUACGGGUGGACCAGACAGCACUCUCUCAGCAGCUCAACAGGUUGGAAGACGAUUCAGUUACAGAAGAGCCGGUAACUCGAGUCUUGAAGACACAAGACAAUGAUCAUGAUUCCUUGGCGGAGAGGAUUGAGCGGUUGGACAAUGAAGUUAAAGAAGAGCCAGUAACCCGAGCGGUGAAGGCGCGAGACGACGCGUCCUUGGCAGACAGGAUCGAGCGAUUGGACAAGUCGGGCCGGAAGGACGGCACGUGGCAGUCCAAGGAGUGGCGUGUCGACCCGCCGGGACAACACAUGGAGAUCUCGCUUCUUAAAGACGACCCCGAGCUGCAGCAGCCCAAACCCGAGGUGGUCCUGCGUCGCAGGGACACUGAGUCUGAGAUAGCCUCUCAGAACCUGAAGCGGCGCUCUGACUUCUUCCUGGGCGUGGAUGCUAAAGGUGAAGACAAGCCUCCACCUGAAGUGGAGAAGCUGCAGAGUAAACUAUCCAGCUAUACCCCGCCGCAGUUAGAAUCAGGCUACAAGCCGCUGGAGUCCCGUCCGCGCUCCUAUAACCUUGAGGAUGAGCGGAACCGUCUGGCGGAGUGGCAGAGGUCGCAGGAGGAGCGACAGCGGGAACAGUUCCAGAAACAACAGGAACAGUUCAAGGUGGACUACGAGAACCGGCUGAAGAAGUCCAUCGAGAGGAAGAAGUCGGACCCUGCACUGCUGUAUGCUCCCAAACCGUGGGCUAGUGUCAGGCCGCCCGUUAGCAAGCCUUUCAAGCCAAGUAAUGAUGAAGAGGAGGAGUCAAAAACUCUGCAGGAUCGCAGCAGCUGGGAACAGCAACAGCUGCAGCUCAGGGAACAGCAGAGGAAGGCAGAGGAGGAACAGCAGAAAAAGUUAGCUGAGGAACAGCAAAGAAGGGAGGAGGAGGAACAGCAGAGAAGGUGGGAAGAAGAACAGCAAAGAAAACGGGAGGCUGAAGAGCGCAGAAGAAAUGAAGAAGAACAACAAAGAAGGUGGGAGGAAGAACAGCAAAGACGGAGAGAAGAGGAACAGCAAAGAAAAUUAGCUGAAGAACAGCGACAAAGAGAGGAGGAAGAACAGCAAAGGAGGUGGGAGGAGGAACAGCAAAGAAUACAGGAAGAGGAACAGCAGAGACAGCUAGCUGAAGAACAGCAAAGGAAAGAAGAAGAGGAACAACAAAGGAGGUGGGAAGAAGAGGAAAAACGAAGACAAGAGGAGGAGGACAGGAGACGAUGGGAGGAGGAGGAGGAGGAGAGAAGAUGGCAGGAGGAGCAGGAGAGAAAGAGGGAAGAGGAGCAUGCUCGAUCCAGGGUGGAGAAUGGCGAGCCAGGCCUGCCAAAUGCUGGAGAUCAGUUCUACUAUGAUGAGAAGGAGCAGCAUCCUCCGGAGCAGAGAUGGGACGAUGAGGAGGAGAAACGGGCGGAGCAGCAGAUGCUGCAGGAGGAAGAAGAGUUCAUGCGAGAGCAGGAGGAGAUGAGGCAAAAGGCUGAACUGGAGCGACAGAAGCGUGAGGACGAGAGGCGGAGAAUUGAUCAGCACCGACUGGAGAUCGAGAACCAGCGAGCGCGCCUGCAGCAGGCCGCCCAGGACCACAGCCCGGUACCGCCCGCGGUACCCCCCGCGGUGCACCGCCCGUCUCCGCAGCCAAGGCAGCCCCCUCGGGACCACCCUGAGGAGGAGUGGGAUGCUGAGGAGGAGAGAGCCAGGAUUGAGGCGGCUGCUAAGCAACACCAGCGACUGAUGGAGGAGGAGGAAAGGAGGAGGAGGCAGCGGAGAGCAGAGGAGCAGGAGAACAGGAGGAUGGAGGAAGUUGGGAAUGUUCCGGAUAUCCGACCCCUCCCACGGGGACCCCAGGAAAGGCCAUCAUCGGGUGACCAGCCCCAUUGGUUAAUCGAGGAGGCAGAGCGCCGACGGCUUCAGGACCAGACGGGCCAACCACGCGCUCCCGGCAUCAUCGAGCCCCUCCCACCGCUGGUGAAGCCACAACCAAAGAACAGGCACUCCGUGCACGGGCCACCCACCGGGCCACCCUCCCACCCACCACCGGACGUCCCAGUCCCGCGCAGAAUCCACCCGAACAGAAGCGACGAGGACGUUCAGGCGCGAAUGAUAAACCGCCGUUCAGCCCCGCCAGAGCGGACGACAUCGCAGGGACCAAUCCCGGACCACAUUAAGGACGCCCUGACCCAGCGUGCGACGCGUCCGCAGCAGAGCCCGCCCUCGCGUCCCGUGGGCGGCGGCGGUGGGAAGUCCGUGAGCGGACGGAAACUGUGUACGCACUGCGGCGAGCCGCUGGGCCGCGGCGCCGCCAUGAUCAUCGAGUCGCUGGGCCUGUUCUACCACAUCACCUGCUUCCGGUGUUCCAUCUGCGGCAUUCAGCUGGGGAACGGACAGCAGGGCACCGAUGUCCGGAUUCGGGCGAACGCGCUCCAUUGUUCCAACUGCUACAGCAAUGAGAAAGGUUCCGGGGCCGGCAGUGCCCUCCCUUCUACUUCUUCCUCUGAUUGAACCAGUCUUCCAUCUGCAUGCACGUUGCCAUGGUGAUGCGUUCACUGCUGUAUGAGACCAUACCUUGUCGGCAACAUUGAUGUGAGACCAUAUCCCAUCAGCAACAUUGGUGUGAGACCAGAUCCCAUCAGCAACAUUGGUUUGAGACCAGAUCCCGUCAGCAACAUUGGUGUGAGACCAGAUCCCAUCAGCAACAUUGGUGUGAGACCAGAUAACAUCAACAACAUUGGUGUGAGGCCAGAUUUCAUCAACAACAUUAGUGCGAGACCAGAUCCCGUCAACAACAUUGAUGUGAGACCAGAUCCCAUGGAUAUGCCUGAAGUGGAAUAUUUCCUGAUGUGAUUUAUCUGUAGUGCAAAUUUAUUGUUUUUAGGCUUUGCUUUUAUGUCCUGACACUUACUGCAAUUAAAUAACAGGACAGUAGAAAUUAUUUUAUGACUUAAAAAGAAACUGAAGGUUUGAAAUGUUAUCCGCUGAGCGAUUCAUUGGUAGCUUUGAGGAAUGUAUUUUAUGAAAUACCUGAUAUAAGUAUUAGCAGAAUCUGGAAAAUGUUGUGUAGCACGUAUACAUAACUAGUUGUUGUUGUUAGGGUGAGGAUUUACCAUCCUAUCGUAACAUUGAUAACCAAUAUGUAAGAACCUGUACAUGUAGAGUAUUGAUGUGAAUAUCAUUCUUAUCAAGUGUUUUUUAUCAGGCUUGGUCUGGU